AUGGACCAGCCAUAUGAUAAGUCCACCUACCAGAUUUUAAGGCCGGUUUGUACGCAGGACAUAGUUGUCUCCAUAAACAAGUUCGGAGUUGCAGUAGGAGCAAAUCAAGUGCCAGAAUACAGCAUGGAUCUGGUGAACAACAAGUUCAAGGGUCCAGGCAAUUUGAUUUACCAGGGGGUCAUCCAUCCAAAGGGAGAUUCUCUUUGCUUGUUGGUAUAUCAGCUCAAGAACCACCACCAAUGUGGAGACACUACCAUGUAUGAUGCAAAAAGUUGGCCAGAGAUCACCGAGCAUCAUAGAUACUUGCAAACACACCCUCAAGCUUUUGGCUUGAUGUUUGUGCUGUUCAGCGAGGUGUUUGCUGGGGUGUUUGGGACAUGA